GGAACGUAUAUUGACACAGAGCGGGGCUCGUGUGAGCACUAGACUGAUCGAAUCGUAUGCCAUGAACUCCUUACACACAGCCGGUCUGAAAGAAGUCAAGAUGCUGACAAGAACCAGGGUUCCUAUUGUCAAGUUCAAGGAUCCUGUCAGUGGCAUCCGCUGUGAGAUGGGAAUCCAGAACCGAGGCGCCGCCAAAAGCUAUGAGUUGGUCAAGACCUACGCUAUGAUUGACGAUCGGUUCAAGUACCUGGUGCUUGUCGUCAAGUACUGGGCAAAGAUGCGAAGCCUCAAUGAACCCCACUUUGGCACACUGUCGAGAUCCGUGGCAUUUUCCCUUGUCUGCAGCAACUCCAGCAGCAGCCCGAAGUGCCGGAAUCUGGAAGCGAGUCCUCGUCCGCAGAGUAUUUCAGCGAUCUGGAGCAGCUCUCGAGCAUCUGGAGCUCUAGCAACACAGAGUCGCUCGGAGAGCUUGUAGUUGCCUUCUUCAAGUAUUACAGCGCCGAGUUCCCGUAUGUCCACGGCGUUGCCAGCGUGCGUUUUGGCAAGGUUCUCUCAAAGGAAGACAAAGGCUGGACUAAAGAGCGUCAGCAGGAAGCCCGCCGCGCUGGCUCGAUC